AUGGACGCCGAGCACACCACCACCCUCGAGGACCGUCGCAACCAGCAGGUCGACAAUGCUAUCCGUGCCAUUCAGCACAAGAAGCCCGUCCCCGAGAUUGAUUUCACGAUUCAUACCAUGGAGGAUGGCACCCAGGUUAGCACCAUGGAGCGUGUUUGCAAAGACGUCCAAGCACCGGCCACCUUCAAACCUACGGACGAGCAAUUCUUCUCGGAUAGCACCCACACCAAACCCGACAUCCAUUUCCUCAAGCAGCACUUUUACCGCGAGGGUCGUUUGACCGAAGAGCAGGCUCUCUUCAUCCUCAAGACCGGUGCCGAUGUUUUGCGCGCAGAGCCCAACCUACUCGAGAUGGACGCCCCCAUCACUGUCUGUGGUGAUGUCCACGGCCAGUACUACGACCUCAUGAAGCUGUUCGAGGUCGGCGGCGAUCCUGCCGAGACGCGCUACCUCUUCCUUGGCGACUACGUCGACCGCGGCUACUUUUCUAUCGAGUGUGUCUUGUAUCUGUGGUCUCUUAAGAUCCACUACCCUAAGACCCUCUGGCUCCUGCGCGGCAACCACGAGUGCCGUCACUUGACCGACUACUUCACCUUUAAGCUCGAAUGCAAACACAAGUACUCCGAGGCUGUCUACGAAGCCUGCAUUGAGGCCUUUUGCUGCCUACCCCUCGCCGCUGUCAUGAACAAGCAGUUUCUCUGCAUCCAUGGAGGUCUCAGCCCCGAGCUGCACACCCUGGAUGACCUGAGAAAUGUUGAUCGGUUCCGGGAGCCUCCUACGCAGGGUCUCAUGUGUGACAUUCUCUGGGCCGACCCCCUCGAAGACUUUGGACAGGAAAAAACUAGCGACUAUUUCCUGCAUAACCACGUACGAGGAUGCUCGUACUUUUUCUCAUAUCCCGCAGCGUGCGCCUUCUUAGAGAAGAACAACCUCCUCUCCGUCAUCCGCGCACAUGAAGCUCAAGACGCCGGCUACCGAAUGUACCGGAAGACUAAGACGACCGGUUUCCCCAGUGUCAUGACCAUCUUUUCCGCACCGAAUUACCUCGACGUUUAUAACAACAAGGCCGCGGUUCUCAAGUACGAAAACAAUGUUAUGAACAUUCGCCAAUUUAAUUGCACCCCCCACCCCUACUGGCUUCCAAACUUUAUGGACGUCUUUACCUGGUCGCUGCCCUUUGUGGGAGAAAAGAUUACAGACAUGUUGAUUGCUAUUCUCAGCACGUGCUCGGAAGAGGAACUUAGAGAGGAGACACCGUCAUCUACCUCGCCCGGUCGCGUGUCGCCACCCGUCGUUUCGACUCCCACCGACCACGACCCCGAAUCGAUUGAAUUCAAGCGCCGAGCAAUCAAGAACAAGAUUCUUGCUAUCGGCCGCAUGUCGAGGGUGUUCCAGGUCUUGCGCGAGGAGUCGGAGCGUGUUACGGAGCUCAAGACGGUCGCUGGCGGCCGUCUGCCGGCUGGUACCCUGAUGCUCGGCGCGGAAGGUAUCAAAAACGCUAUCAGCUCCUUUGAAGAUGCCAAAAAGGUGGAUAUUCAAAACGAGCACCUGCCUCCCAGUCAAGAGGAGGUCACCAGACACCAGGAAGAGGAGAGAAGUAUUGCUAUGCAAAAGGCUGUGCACGAGGCCGACAAUGACAAGAAGCUCCAUCAGCUGUCAAGACGACUCAGCACAGACCGCAAGCCCGCUUCCCGUUCGUAG